UCCCCUGGCACCAUGGCCGAGCCUUCGCUGCCCCUCUCCUUCCUCUGCCUCCUCGCCCUGUCCUCCGCCUGCUACAUCCAGAACUGCCCCCGCGGCGGGAAGCGGGCGCUGGCCGACACAGCUCUGAGACAGUGCCUGCCCUGCGGUCCCGGCAACAGAGGGAGCUGCUUCGGGCCCGGCAUCUGCUGCGGCACGGAGCUGGGCUGCUACCUGGGCACGGCGGAGACGCGGCGCUGCGCGCAGGAGGAUGCGCUGCCCUCGCCCUGCCAGCCCGACGGGCAGCCCUGCGGCUCCGGGGGCCGCUGCGCCGCGCCCGGCAUCUGCUGCACCGCCGAGACGUGCACCAUGGACAGCGCCUGCCUGGACGAGGGCGGCGAGGGCGCUCAGGAGGCGGCGGAGGAGAAGAACCUGACGCUGCUGGACGGCUCGGCCGGAGAUCUGCUCCUCAAGCUCAUGCACUUGGCAAACCGGCAGCAGCAGCAGCAGGGCAAGCACCCCCUGCUCUGA